CUAGAAGCCUAUUGCCAUUGUAAGCUGGCGAUGGAAGAGAGUGGAAGGUAGCGGGAACCGCAUGAACCCUCUGGAUCCCUCCCGAACGUCACUCCAAUUUUUUUUCCGCCCGCCAAAUUGUCAGUCAUUGAGAGUGGCCGGGACGUCUCCUACUUCUUCAACACCACCAUACCCAUAAUUAUUCCCCACGACCAAUUCAUUCCUGCUUGUCUGUAAUAGUACAUAUUUAAGUUCCAGUCACGACCGAUCUAUCUAUUUUUCGAAAUAUCCUACAGCUUUCUGAUCUAAAAACCCUCUCAAGAUGGACGCCAACAUGAACAACCUGCUCAAAUGGAGCAUCAAAGCUUCGACCGAGAACCGCACCGACGAAGGUGACAACACCGGGGCUGCUGCUGCUGAUGGUACCCCACAGCCCUCCAGCGCCGCUUCGCGUGGUCUCAAUCCCGAGAUGCUUUCUGCGCUCUUCGGCGGUCCCACCGACGCCGACCUGAUGAAAGCGUCUAUGGAGGCUCUGCGCUCCGAUGAGGUGGAUCUCGAGAACAAGCUGAUCGCGUUCGAUAACUUCGAGCAGCUGAUUGAGGGCAUUGAUAAUGCCAACAACCUGGAGCCCUUGGGCCUGUGGACUCCUUUGGUGGAGUUGUUGCAGCACGAGGAGGCAGAGAUGAGACGCAUGGCCGCCUGGUGUAUUGGAACUGCGGUGCAGAAUAAUGAGAAGGCACAGGAUAAGCUCGUCGUUCUCAACGCCCUUCCGAAGCUUGUGACGAUCUCCACCACCGAUUCUACCCCCAAUGUUCGCAAGAAGGCCAUCUACGCCAUCUCCUCCGCGGUCCGCAACUACCAACCUGCCAUGGAUGAAGUGACCAAGAGCCUGCCUGAGGGCUACUCUCGCGACAAGAUCGACGCUGGCGACAUGGAUGCUGUGGAUGCGCUCAUGGACAAGCUGCGUGCUCACCAGGUUGAGUCUGCUUGAGCGGCUUGGCUCUGAAGGCCGAUAUUAUGAGGUUGUCGCACGCCCUGCACGAAAUCGCUACUAGCUGUACGGCCGUGAAGGCCGGGUUAUUCGGCUUGUCGAAUCAUAAAUUACCGGAACAUAUUCACAGCUCGCCGACGUUGAACUGCUUCCGAGCACAAUCAGGCGACUGCAUAUCUACCAGAGCGUCUUUCCUGGCUGUUGAUAAAGUUGCCUGUCGAUCUGGGAGUAAAAGUGCCUGGUGACAAGCACUUGGCUUGGGUCCAUGAUGGGACCUGGACCUCUAUGAACCAGAUCAUGUCCCGCACUUGGGGCGGGAUUAUCCGCUUACAUGGCUCUGCAUGUCAUGAGCCCUUACUGCUAUGCAUGAGAAUAUACCCACUUUUUUUUAAUGCGUAUUUUGAUUAUUUGUUGCAAUGAACAAUGAACGUUUUACACAGGUUCAAGGAAAAGAAGUUUUGUUUACGCAGAAUAUAUCUUU